AUGGACAGUCCCUCCAAGUACCACGUGCUGGCGACGCCCGUCGAAGGGCGUGGCAGCGAGGACUCGACGUUGCGCAAUCGCAACCUUAGCCGCCACGAGAGCAACAACGGCAUGCUGCCGCCCAUCAGCAUUGUCACGCGCGACUCGAUGCCGAGCAAGGCGAGCCUCGGCGGGCGCCGCGAGUCGCGCAUGAGCCGCGCGAGCCGGUCCGCGCGGGACGACGCGUUCGGAAAGCUCAAGAUCAACAUGGGCCAAGAACGCGCGGUCGGUGCGAGCAACCGCUUUCGACCCGAUUUCAAGUUCAACCUCGGGCUGGCGCUGCGGACGGCGGUCGGCGUCAUGAUUGCGUCCAUGGUGCUAACGACGGCCACGCGCCCUGUCUCGGUGAACGACUCGAUCAUCGUGGCACCGGCGCCGCUGCAUGUCAAGCAGUGGUAUUUCUUCCCCGAGUGGUAUAUCCUCGGCGGUCUCUCAUACGUGGCGACGGCGACCAUUUUCUCGUGCGGCAAGAACAUUGGCUCGACCGUGCGCGAGAUCUACCAGCAGAUUUCCGGCGUCGGCGUCGCGUUUCUCUACAACCUUGCGAUCUUCUCGGUGUUCCAGCCCGAGCUCUUUACGAGCUUGGCCGAAGCCGUCGACGAUGGCAAGAUGACCAAGAUCGAGAAGGCGUUCAGUGGCACCCCGUACUACGUGCACCAGAACGACUUUUACACGAUCCUGCCGUUCAUCAUGGUGUUCACGCUCGUCAUGCUCAUCAUCCCUGUGGAAAACAACACGAAAAAAUUCGCGAUCGGCAACAACUUGUAUUUCUCGCUGACGCUCGCGAGUCCCAAUGACUUUAUCGACCCGAGCAAGCUCAAGGGCCUCAACGACCCGUACUACUCGACCUCCAACAUCCUCAAGAACCUCGCCGUCUACAUGCUUCUCGGCGUCCUUGGCGCGUGCAUUGCGCUUUUCGUGCUCUGGGUGCCAUACCCGAUUUUGUACGCGACGAUGACAACUUUGCGAUCCGACGGCUCCAAAAAGAACCAAUCGGCGGCCGACACGGUCCAGGACCUCCUCAACAUGAUCGUCGACUCGUACUGCUUCAAGAACAAGGACGUCGACCACAUGAACUUUCUCAAACUCAAACUCAAGCGCAAGUUUGACUUGGCGCAUGCGAAGAAGGACACCAUGACCGCACUCCUCAACGACGUGUGGUGGGAGCAGAGCGUCGGCUUGCAUUACGCCCUCGAGUUUCGGACGUCGGUCACCAAGACGUACAUUGAGCUCUAUGCUUCGCUCAUCGACAACCUCCGCGCGAUGAACCAAGCGAUCCAGCUCGAGCGCUACGAGCGGCUUCACACGUCCUUUAUGAAGAAGCUGCAGAAGGACGUGUACAUGAUCCAGCUCCGGGCAACCGCCGUCCUCAACGAAAUUUCCGACAAGAUCCACACCAACAACAAGAAGCUCGAGCUGACGGAGAUUCGGGACCUCGAGCGUCAAAUGGAGAAGCUGCUUCUCGACUUCCAGAAGACACAAAACAAGAUCUACCAGCGCGAGAAGCCGACCGUGACGGACGUCGAGGGCAACAUCCCGCUCAACCUCUUCCUCUUCUCAUUGCAGUCGUUUUGCACGACGCUCGUCGAGUUUGAAGAGACGUACAACACCAAGGACCACAAGACGGGCUCGCGCAUGAAGAAGUUCUUCAAGAACACGGUGCUCUCGUACUUUGACAGCUCCAAGUACACAAAAAUCAAGUUUCAGAACGCGCUCAAGAUCUGGUUUGCGAUUCUCGCCGGCUGCUUCUUCUCGGUCUACGUCUUUGGCUACUCGGCCACGACGGCGUCGACCGUUGCGUACGUCAUGGGCAACCGCAUCGGCGGCUCGUUCAGUGUCACGGUCAACCGCGUCGGUGGCGUCGUCGCCGGCUCGAUCAUUCCGUCUGUCUUCCUCUUCUUCAUUUGCUCGUACGGCUGCAUCGACCACACGCUCGUCGUCUUCCUCACCAACAUCAUUCUCUUCGUCUGGGUCACGUUCUCCAUGUACAUCAAGUGGAAGGGCGGGUACGAGGCGUACGCGGGCCUCGUCGCCGCCUACGUGGCCGCCGGCGUCCUCCUCAAGGGCUGCGACUGCUCCAAAGACAGCAUCACGCCGAUUUCGUCGUAUUCGAACCUGUGCCAAAUGUCGCUGGGCAUCAUCCUCUUCAUCUUCGUCGAGCUCUGUUUUUGCCCUCAGUCAGCGAUCAGUCUCUUGCGCGAGAACGUGCAGAAGCAAAUGAAGCUGGUCCAGACCGCGUUCACGACGCUCUUUGAGCAAAAUCUGAGCGCAAACGGGUCGAUUGACGAAGACAAGAUGGACGAGGUGCGCAAGAUCGUCACCAAGCAAGUGCCAGCGCUCAUCACCGAGCAAGUGUCUCUCUUGCGCGAAGCGUCGUUCGAACCGCUGCUGUGGAAGCCAGCGUUCAGCUACCAAAAGUACGAAGCCGUGCUCGACUGCUGCCAACGCCUCCUCAACAACUCGCUCAUCUUGUACAAGCUCGUGUCGUGGUUCCAGUUCCGAAAGGCGCAAAAGGCGGCCGACGGCGAAGUCCUCGAGAAAAAGCUCAAGCUCGACGAGAUCAUCCGCGCGUCCAUCAACACAGAGCACGUCGUGACAAACAAGGAAGCGUGGGCCUUCUCCACCAAGGAGCUCGGCGCUGCGAUCCACGACACGUUUGAUACGCUGCACUCGCUCUUUGGCGAGGACUUUCGGUACGCCGACGCCGACCAGACCGCGCUCUUCAUGCAGAUGAAGGAAGCCUUCCGGCUCGCCGACACCGACUGCUCGGGCGAGAUUGACGCUGACGAGGUCAAGACGAUGCUCGAGCACAUCUUCCAGCAGUCGGGCGCGAUGAAGAUCGACGAGAUUGACGACUACGUGGCCGAAUUCAUGGACAUUGUCGACAAGGACAAGAGCGGCAAGGUGUCGUUCGAGGAGUUUAUGGAAGCUCUGGAGCACGGCCUCAAGCUCGAAGUCGAGGUCUUCCAACACAAGUCGCGGCCGGUCGCGCUCCCGGCCAUCACCGAAGACGACGUGAGCGUCAACGUCGAGAAGCUCGCGCGGCAGCAGUCGUCGCCGGCCAAGAUGAUGUCGCCGAUGACGCGGUCCCACGACAUGCUCAACGUCGACUCGUUCUCGCUCGUCGAUAUUGCCAAGACGAUGCGCGCGUCGUACGCCGAGUGGCUCAUGGAGAAGCAGCGCUACGAAAAGGUGUCGAUGGAAGAGCUCCUCCUCCUCAACUGCCUCAUCAGCGGCGUCUCGGGCAUCGCGCGCAACCUCGCGCUCCUCGAGGAAAUGACGGUCCAGCAGUAG